GAUGGGAGUACGGAUGUGGCGAGCAAGUUUUAAGGUGCGAUCACGGAGCAGCAGUAGCGAAGGAAUCGGAGGCUAUGAUACCUGUUGAGUGAAGGCCCUCUUCCAAGAGAGGGCCCUAGCACAGCACCCCAGUGGAGCGUGGGCCACCAUGGCGUGCCCUGUACAGUUCCUGUGCCGUGCUGUGCGCACUGUGGGAUUGGUGCUCUUCUACUAUGUCUUCUCAAUCGGCAUCACCUUCUACAACAAAUGGCUCAUGAAGGAUUUCCACUUUCCACUCUUCAUGACCCUGGUACACCUGACCAUAAUCUUCUGUCUGUCUGCCUUCACCCGCUCUGCCUUGCAAUGCUUCUCCGGCAAACCGAGAGUUAUGCUGAGUUGGUCGGACUACCUCUACAAAGUGGCACCAACCGCCUUGGCAACGGUCCUGGACAUCGGCCUGUCCAACUGGAGCUUCCUCUUCAUCACCAUCAGCCUGUACACCAUGACCAAGUCCACAGCUGUCCUCUUCAUCCUCCUCUUCUCCCUCGUGUUUAAACUCGAGGAGCCGAAUCCAUUUCUCAUCGUUGUGGUCCUGCUCAUCUCCGGGGGUCUGUUCAUGUUCACGUACGAGUCGACGCAGUUCAACCUGGAGGGCUUCAUCAUGGUGCUGCUGGCAUCCUUUAUAGGUGGCAUCAGGUGGACACUAACACAAGUACUCAUGCAGAAAGCAGAGCUAGGUCUUCAGAACCCCAUCGACACCAUGUACCACCUGCAGCCUCUCAUGUUCGUGGGACUCUUCCCUCUCUUCCUUUACAAUGAAGGGCUGAGUCUGUGUACCUCGGAGAAGCUGUUCCGUGUGAGUGAGCUGGGUCCCCUGCUCUACUCCAUAGGAACACUGGCCACAGGGGGGGCUCUGGCGUUCGGGCUGGGCUUCUCAGAGUUCCUGCUGGUCUCCAAGACGUCCAGCCUCACACUCUCCAUCGCAGGGAUAUUCAAGGAAGUGUGCACCUUGUUACUGGCGGCUCGCAUCAUGGGAGAUCGGAUGACGCUGGUCAACUGGAUGGGCUUUGUCGUCUGCCUUUCGGGAAUCUCCCUUCACGUGGGCCUGAAGACCUACUACAACAAAGGCAAGGUGCAUGCGGUGAGGCAGCUGUCGUACAAGGAAGGCGGUGAGAUGGAGCUCCCUCUGCUGCGGAGAGAGGAGGAGGAGCAGGAGGCGUACGAGACGGAGGAGGAGCAGGAGAUCCUCCAUUGAAGAGACCGACUGACAGGCCUACUACCACACUAUACCAAAUGGGGAGGAGGCGCAGCUCCAGGGCUGGACUGGCCAUCUGGCAUACCGGGCACUUUCCGGUGGGCCCUGCACCCUCGUGGGCCCCUAUUUUCAGAAAUGAAAAAACAA